UCUAAAACUGAUUCUGAUCACAUUGCUCUAUGUGUUAUUUCGUUACACUGCCAGAAAGUUAGAUUCAAAAGGAUCAAAUAUUUGGACGUGGAGAAGAUAUGAAGUGAUUAUGGAUUUCAAAAAUCGUUUUGUUCUACCUCCUCCAUUAAGUCCUUUAAACUAUGCUGUUCAUAUCUUCGCUUGUACUUUUGGAACCUUGUUUAGAAGAAAAACCAAAGUCAGUAAAAUUCGAUUCCACGAAGCAGAUUAUAAGAUUUGGAAAAGCUUAGCGGGUGAAUAUUUUAUCGAAAAAAGCAAGAAAAGUAAACAUGAAGAAAUGAAACGAAUGAAAUACACAUUUAUGUUGAGAGCUAGGCUUAAGGAACAAAAGCGAAUCAUGAAUGAGUUGCAAGGCUAUUUAACAGAACUUCAAAUUCUUGUCAGAAAUACACACAAACAUUUGGUAUGUAGCAGCUUGAAAAUUCCCUUGAGAGAAAAGCUAAAUUUCAAACAAGUACCACAAAUAUUUUCCAGAACAUCUCCAUAUCCUGGAACUAAUAUUCUUCGAUUUCCUGUUUCAGAUAAGAAUGUUUCGUGGAAUAGUAGUUGGACUUUUUAUGAUCCUAUAGCCUAUACCAUACCCAUUGAAGACUUUCCUAAAGAGCUGAGAAUACAUGUUGAUGUUGACAUUCAGCUAAAGCGAGAGAAAGAGGGAGAUCAUUUCCAAAUGCCCAUUUUUAAGUUUAAUACUUGCACCAUAAAUCCAGGGGGUGUCUGUUUUGAUCGCCAGUCAUGGAUGCUUACUAAAUUUAAGGUGCCAUUAAUGUAUGAGCUAGACUCAGAACAAUUACCUAAAAAUCCCAUUGGACGAACAGGCUUAAGAGGAAGGGGCAGUCUUUGUCGCUGGGGACCCAAUCAUCACAUUUUUGCUGUCAUCACAAGGUGGCAAGAUAUAGAAUUUGUCACUCUUCAUAAAUACUUAGAUGUUGUUUUAGUUAUCGAUGGCAAUGGCCUUGCUUUACCUGGAGGAUGCGUUUUUGAUGAAAAUAAAUACCAUGUACUCUCUUCAUCUGCGUUCCAGAAUAUCGACACCAAAUGGAUUGGAGAAGCUGAAAUGAUUACCUUCUUUUUAGAACAAGAGGAUGCAGUGUGUGCUGGAUCACGUGACGAAAACUCUUCUUUAACCUUCUCUUGUGUGAAGAAGGGAUAUUUUGAUGAAGCCACCAAUACCGAUCAAGCUUGGUGUGAGGCCGAGGUUUGGCAUUUUCAUUAUAACACGAGGUGUACCAACAUUGAAACAAAAUUCACAGCUAAUACUAUAUGGGCUUUGUUGACUGAAAAUAUACUCACUAAAAUGCCUGUCGGUCAAGCUGCCCUCUUACAUGGCAUUGCAAGGAAAAUGAAAGCUACUCUAGAAGCCAUGUAAUGUUUUUAAACUACCUCGUUUAAUCUACCAAUUAUAAAAAGUUACAAAAACUCUGA